CGCCCCCUUUAUGUUUACUUAUAUAUACAUGUGUAUUUAUAAACGAGAAAAUUGAAGUAAAAGACUUAACUACACAUCCCAUAAUGCACCGAAACGAGAUGUGAAUUUUGCUUCCGGGUCAUCCCUGGACGAACGAUUCAGGCACAUUUUUAUGAGGGAAACUCAAAUAAUAUGAUAGUAGUCAGACAUGAAAUUAUUUUUCCGGUUUUCUGAUGCAGCUGAGAGGAUAUUUUAAGCAUCUGCAUCCCCGCCACGAUGGAUCUCGGGAAGGCGAAGCUGCUCAGGACGGGUCUCAACACCCUGCACCAAGCCAUCCACCCCGUGCACGGAAUCGCGUGGACGGACGGCAAGCAGGUGUGCCUGACGGCGCUUUACUUCGUCAAUGGAGAGGUGAAGUUUGGCGAUACUAACGUCAUCGGGCAGUUUGAGCACGUCUUCGGGCUUUUCUGGGGCCCCCUCUGCUGCUCGGACUCUCCGGCACUGUUGGCCGUGCAGCACAAGAAGCACAUUACGGUGUGGCAGCUGCAGCUCAGUGCCCUUGAGCAGAACAAGCUGCUGUGCACACAGACCUGCGAGAUGAGCGAACCGUUCCCUCUGCUCUCUCAGGGCUGCGUCUGGCAUCCCAAACUGGACAUUCUGGCCGUCCUGACCAAGAAGGACGCCUCGGUUUUGUUUUCGGUCAGGGUGGACAACAGGAGGAUCAAAGCGGACAUUAAAGGUAGCGGACUCAUCCACUGCGCUUGCUGGACAAAGGACGGGACGCGGCUAGUGGUGGCCAUCGGCAGUGCUCUGCAUUCCUACAUUUGGAAUGACAUCCAGAAGAGUCUGGUGGCGUGCUCCUUUUGCCCCGUCUUUGACAUCGGGGGCUACAUCUGUGCGAUUGAAGCUACUGGAGAGGCCCAGGUGGCCGUUGCCACAGAGCUGCCGCUUGAUAAAAUAUGCGGGUUCAAUGCCGGAAUCGCUUUUGACUUGCCCACGGACACCGAGUCCCUCCAGACCCAGGGCUCGCAUGUGCUCUUGUCCGACGACGACACCGUUUUGGACUCACGGAGGAGAUCUUUUGAGUCAGAGAGAUCUUACGUCCCCAGCUCCAGCCCCCUCGACCUCACCCACCUCCUGGCCAGGCACCGGCGGUCUGACCCCAGUCCGCUCAUCCACUUGCGCCGCCGGGACACUGUGACCGGAUCUGGUCAGGACUGUUCCCACCUCGUUCUGGUGACUUUUGAGCGGAAGGUCACCACCACGCGCAAAGUCAGCAUUCCCGGCAUCCUGGUCCCGGACAUUGUUGCUUUCGAUCCACGUGCCUCCACUGUUGCGGUGGCUUCCAACAGCUGCAAUAUGGUGCUGGUGUACUCCAUCACCGCCUCAGCCAUGCCCAACAUCCAGCAGAUCUCCCUGCAGCAGAACGACCGACCCAAAGGAGUCUGCUUCCUCAGCGACAAGGUGCUGCUGUUAAUGGUGGGCCGGCAGAAGUCCAACGACCCCGCUUUUCUCCCGUCCUCCAACACCGACAAAUACAUUCUUCGUAUUAUCGCGAAAGAGUUAAUAAACGAAGGAGGGACGGCCAUCACGCCAUCCUCCCCCGCUCACAACAACGAGCCUUCCUCUAAUUUCUGCGCAGGGAUUAGGAGAAACUCGGAGCACCUGUCAAAGGAUGACAGGGAGCGUCCAGGGAUAAAAGACUUGGUGUUACCUGGAAGGGGGGUUGUUUGCUCACCGGGCAACAGACGCAGGCUGGUGGAGGAGGUGAGGAGCAGCGAGGCCAGCCCCGUCACCAGCUCAGUGGACUUUUCCGACCGAGCCCCAUCCAGCACCUCCAUCGCCGUGGACAGCUUUGACAUGGACCACGUCAACCGGAUGGCCAGCCUGGCUGUGGCCGGCCAGGUCAGCAGAGACUCCAGCCGGGCCAGCUCUCCUCGCUUCGAGCCGCCCGACAAGACGGAGCCGGCUCCGCCUCUGCCCGAGAAGGCGGCGGGCCCAGCCAGGGACCGCGGGCUGGACCAGCUGGUUCUCAACAUGGAGAGACUUUUUACGCGCUUUGCUGAUGUGCAGCAGUGCCUGACGGACAUCAGAGAUUUCACACAGAACGGAAAGAAGAGCCCAAGCGUUUACCCCAGCGCACAGGAACCGCCGUACCUCAACGUCACGUGUCAGAAACAGUUAUCAGAAAACGUGUUUAUUGACGAGAGACGGCCUGUGCUUCUGUGCGACGGGAAGCUGAGCCUGCGCGUCCUCCAGGACCUUUUCAACCUGGCCGUUGUGGAGAUGAUGUACGGUCCCUUGUGGGUCGUCCUGGUGGCCGACGCCGACGGCUUUGUGCCUCUGACCUUCAAACCCAAAGAUGAACUGACGGUAAGAAACGGGAAGAGGAAAUCAGCUCUGCGACCUCUGGGGAGUCCGGAGAACUCGUGCCCUUCGAGUCCCGCCCCCAACCAAAGCUUGGCCGCAGCCUCAGAGAUCUCCACGUGAGGAACCGCCAUUCAGGGACAGAAAACUGAACUUUUGACCCCCACUUUUAUAUAAAAUCAUCAGGAGAAGAGCACCGUUUCAGGUGGAAACUUCAUAUAUUCAUGAGAUUAAAGAAAAUUGUUGCAUUUCAUGUAUGUUUUAGACAUGUCUGGUCGGCCACUGCACCACAGCAGCUUCUCACAGAAUCAUGUUUGGUAUUUGAAGGGUUUAUGUUGCACCUGAAUGUUGUAUUUUAUUGUCCUUUCACAAUAAAAUCUAAGACAUGUACAAAAAAAAACAUUGUGUAUCACUUUUGACCACAAGAGGGGGCAACACUCAACAGUUUGUUUCAAUCAUGCCCUUGUAAGGAUAAACUCUGAGAAUUAAACUUGCAUAACUA